UACACUGUUAAACCAGACAACCAAGUUCAUAAGCAAUCUUAGUCACCACACUCUUGUGAAAAAAGUCUGUCCCCAUUAAUUUCUUGGAUUUUCUUGAGUUAAUACAUAGAAUCCUCUAAAUUAUUCACGUCUUACAAAUUUAAUACCCGAAGUGUAAACUGGCAUGGAAAGGCUCGCAGUCUUUUUGUAGUGUUAAGCACUACUGCAAAGAAAGUUUUCUUGUGGCAAUUAGCUUGCGGCACUAAAUUGCAGGCCAAAAAAAGGAUCCAUGUUGCAUGUUACAAUGUCAUUCAUUUUUAAAUUGCAGGGGUAGAACAUGUUGGGGGAGAUAUGUUCGAAAGUGUUCCAGAAGCAGAUGUUAUUUUUAUGAAGAGCAUUCUUCAUGACUGGAGUGAUAGCCUGUGUGUGAAGUUGCUGAAGAACUGUUAUAAGGCUGUUCCAGCAGAAAAUGGAAAGGUGAUAGUUGUUGAGACCCUUCUACCAGUGAAACCUGAUCAUGCUCAUGCCUCUGUGAUUAGCGUUUCACAAUCUGAUUUGACCAUGUUGGCUUAUACUCAUGGAGGCAAAGAGCGUUCUCAACACGAGUUCGAGGCCCUAGCAACUGAAGCUGGAUUCAAAGGCAUUAACUUUGUUUGUUGUGUCUGCAACUUUUGGGUCAUGGAAUUCUACAAGUAGCUUGAUCCUCCUACUUGAUUCUGGGACUAGAAUUGAGUGUCUCCCUUUGUUUUAAUUUGUUUCUUUUCAUUUGUAGCUUUUGGGUCAUGGAAUUCUGCAAGUAGCUAGGACCUACUACUUCAUUCUGAAUACCAUCCAUUAUUUGUUGCAUCAUUGCUCUGGGAUUGGAAUUGCAACAUACUCACUCUAAUUCAUAUAAAGUGAAAUGUUGGAACUUUUUUCAUAGUUCAAAAUAGGUGGAUUUUUCAAAAUCAAGAGAAUUGUUGUGAUUUUUUUCCAUA